AUGCCUCGCGGUCAUAAAAGUAAACUCCGUGCCCGUGAGAAACGCCGUCAGUCCCGGGGAGACCCCCAGGAGCUCACAGAUGUUCAGGCUACUGAAGCAGAAGUAGAAGAGUCCCCUUCUACCUCCUCUUCUGUUUCUGGGGGUGCUCCCAAGGGCUCCUCUGUUUCUGGUGCUCCCCAGAAGCCUCAGAAGACCCAGGCCACCACCAGUGCUACAAGAGCUAGUAAAAGUUCUAAGAGCUCAGAUAAGGAAAAGCCAAGCACCUCCCAGGCUUCAGCUCUCUGGUGCUCUCACAAUGAUCCUAUAAGCUCCAAGACGGGCAUGUUGGUGCGGUUGCUCCUGUACAAGUAUAAAAUGAAGGAGAUCGUGACCAAGGGAGAUAUGAUGAAGAUUGUCAACAAAAGGUACAAGGAGCACUUCCCUGAUAUCUUCCGGAAAGCCACUGAGCGCAUAGAGCUGGUCUUUGGCCUUGAGUUGAAAGCAGUCAAGCCCAGCGGCCACUCGUAUAACAUUGUCAGCAAGCUAGAUCUCCCCAGAGAUGUGGGUCUUAGUGGUGGCUGGGAAAAUCCUAAAAACGGGCUUCUGAUGCCUCUCCUGGGUGUGAUCUUCUUGAAUGGCAACCGUGCCUCCGAGUCAGAAAUCUGGCAGUUCCUGAAUAUUUUGGGGGUCUAUGAUGGCAAGACACACUUCAUCUUUGGAGAGCCCAGGAAGCUCAUCACCCAAGAUCUGGUGCAGGAGCAGUACCUGGAGUAUCGGCAGAUAGCUGGCAGUGAUCCUCCACGCUAUGAGUUCCUGUGGGGUCCAAGAGCUCAGGCUGAAACCAGCAAAAUGAAGGUCCUGGAGUUUUUGGCCAAAGUCAACGAUACCAUCCCUAGUGCCUUCCUGCCCCAUUAUGAAGAGGCUUUGAGAGAUGAAGAAGAGCGAGCCGAAGCCAGAGCUGCAGCCAUGGCGAUAGAGGUGGCGAAGGCCCUCGCAGCUGCCAAAGCCAGAGUCAAGUCCAGCAACCCCUCCCACCGCUAG